ACGUUUAUUCAUGACUAUUUUUGGAUCUCACACCUUCUUGUUUUAUGGGAGUGUGUGUAUAGUUUGGGGAAAUUGCUAUCAGUGUUAUUAAUAGAUUUAUUAUUAAUUUGUUUGCAGAGUAAAAAAAUACAAUUCUUAAAGAAUAUAUGACAAAGAGGCCCAUAUAUUAUAUGUACAAACACACUUCUACAAAGAUAUACUCUGACAUACAUGAAUUCAAAGGAAGGAGCUUGUGCAGGAGCAGCAGGAAGCUAAAAUCUUACUUCUCCUCAAAACCCAAGACAAAACAAACUGAAUUAUGGUAAAAACAAAACAAUGAGGGAUCAUCUACUUUGCAUCACUGUUAACUAUUGUCCAAGGCAAAGUGUUUUAAUUCAUUAUACAGAGACUUAAAACUUGUAGGAGUCACAGUAUUUAAUUGUCAAACUGACAUUAUUGUUGUAUGUUAGUGCAGGUCAAAGUGAAUAAUGAAUAAAAAACUGUGCAAAGCAUUAUUACACAACAUUAUGAUAACUUUGACAAAGGUAAAAGCUGGCUUAACAUUCACUGGACAGAAUGAUCUCACCCUGAAUGUUGCAUUUUAUAUUGAAUGAAAUUAAACAAGUGACUGUAGAGAAACUACUUGGACAUGCAUAUAAAAAUGGUAAUUGGGAAUCAUUUGCAGUAAAUAGGCAAAAGCAGUAGAUUUGUUCUAUAAGAGCAAUGUUGCAUUUUAACACUGAUCAUCAGGCAACAUGCAAAGACAUUUCGUGACGUUAACUAACAAUACAGUUUUUUGCGAAUGCUUACACACGCAAAAUUUGGCCCAUUGUGUCAAAACUCAACACACAAGCCAAAUAAGACAAAACACUUGGAGCUGGACAUCUCACUUCUAUGUCAAACUGAAACACUGCAAACAAAACCUGACGAAGGGCACUUCUUUAACAAAACCAUACACACAUGCACCAUCUGAAUGACUCGCUCAAAGCAGCAACAACGGUGAUGAACUUAACACUAAACACUGCUGACCUCUCAUCGUUGUAUAUGUUGUUAAUUUUGUCAUACAGGCCUCACGCAACACAAAAAUAGAAAAUAUUCAGAAAACAGCUCAUUGUGUCGACUCAGGUUUAAGAGAACAGUUGGAUUUACAGGAUGUGCAGCUGCAUCAAAGUCCAGGAAUCAAACUUGUGUCAUCCCGCAGUUUAGAGCUAAUGUCAGGCUAACAGUAUAGCCUCAUAUUGUAACUUCCUAAAGCACUAACAAGUGAGAUUUUUGUUUUUAAAUUUCUCUGUAAUUUUUCAAACACAAGAAUCACAAUUCCUUGAACAUGAAAAAAUACUUUGGACUGCUAAAAACAGUUUUGUGAACUUAAAAUGGUUAAUGACUUCUUCCAUGGGCCUCUCCAUCACAAAUUGAUAAAACUGAUGACUCUUCAAAAGUAUGUGAUCACAUGACAAAUUAUGUCUAUGGUUUCCUAGAAACAAGGAGUGGCUCAACUUCCCCACAGGCUCAAACUAUGUUUUUCUGGCUUGAACUUAUUGAACAAACAGUGCUUUUACUAUAACCUCAUUAGUUAGUUGUAAAGUACCAUGAAGAGCUUUUGUUAGAACCUUGAUGGUCUAGAACUCUCAAUGAUAAUGUUCUGUGACAUCAUGACUGUAGAACUGACAUCAGAAUGUUCAAUGGAACCUGCACCUGCAGAGACUCUUCAUUUCCACCCUGCACACUGAACUGCACACUUGCUUCAACACAAACCCUUUGUAAACCAUUUGUAAAACAUAUCUACUGUAUAUCUUUGUCUCCUUGUUAUAUCGUGAACUGUUUCAUCAGAAACGCCUUCAGCUCUACAGCAGUUUCAAGUCCAACUUCAUCUGUGAAACACAAACUGCUCUUUGUCACUGUUAAGGCUCAUCUCAGAGCUGAGAUGAACCGACAAAGACACCAGUCCUUUGGGACACAGCAGUUUGGUGCUGCCCUGUACCUCCCCGCUCAUUACAGGCCGGCUACAGUGCCGCUGUACCCUGAGCAGCAAAAUGCUGUGGUACAGGGCCUCAGAGACGCCCUGCUCUCUGCUAUCAACGAGAUCAAGUCUCUAAAGGAGGAGAACAAGUCUCUGAAGGACAAAAUGGACCUUCAGCAAAGUGAAUGGAGGCAGGUGGAGAGCCAGCUCCAAGAGGAGGUCCGUCAGAAAGACCAGCUCCUCAAAAGCACCAUCAAGAAAAGGCAGGCUCGCACAAAGGCCCACAUUGACGUCCUGGCCCUGCUCGCUCAGAGGGAGGCUGAGCUGGAGAGCAGAGAGGAGGGGUGGAAGGCCAGGUGUGGAGCACUGGAGGUGAGCCUGCAGGAGCUGGUUCAGAGAAAGGAGGACUGGAGCAGGAGAGUGGUGGAGGCAGAGCUGGAGGAGACAAAGAUUAAAAACAAGGAGGAGCACAAGAGUCAGGAGGACAAAAUGAACAUGCAGCAAAGUGAAUGGAGGCAGGUGGAGAGCCAGCUACGAGAGGAGGUCCGUCAGAAAGACCAGCUCCUCAAAAGAACCAUCAAGAAAAGACAGGCUCGCACAAAGGCCCACAUUGACGUCCUGGCCCUGCUCGCUCAGAGGGAGGCUGAGCUGGAGAGCAGAGAGGAGGGGUGGAAGGCCAGGUGUGGAGCACUGGAGGUGAGCCUGCAGCAGCUGGUUCAGAGAGAGGAGGACUGGAGCAGGAGAGUGGUGGAGGCAGAGCUGGAGGAGAAACUGGCUCAGAAGGAGCUGGAGGAGACAAACAUUAAACACAAUGAGGAGGAAGAACAGGGGUUCGCUACAGCACAACAUCCCUCUUCCUGAUACCCCCAACCCGUUCCCCUUUCCUCCUCCUUACCUUACCCCCCCCUCCAUUCCCUUUUCCCACCCCU